CAGAGGUGGAAGGUGAGCCGUGCAAGCCAAUCACACAGUAGCACCUCUCAUUAAGAAAAUGCCACUCGCUGUUUCAUCUCUCACUAACUUAACCUUAUACGAAUAAGCCCAGCCACCAAACGUCUACCAGCACUUCAUCUCUUUUCCUCUUUCAUCAGAACUACCAUUUUCAACUGCCGGCCAUCCUUGAGACCCACACCACGCGACCUUCGCCGCAGCCAAUCCCAGCGUCUGGACGUAAGUCGCUAUUCGCUACUUCUGCAACUCUCUCGCCUCUCAUUGUCGCAGGAAAUUACUGAUUAUGAUUCGGAAUAGAGCUAUGUUUCCAAAUCCCAAGUGAAGUUUUAUGAGAUGGGUGACAUAGCCAAGGACCUUACUGCUGGGACAGUUGGGGGGGCAGCACAAUUGAUAUGUGGGCAUCCCUUUGACACCAUCAAGGUGAAGCUUCAAAGUCAACCUGCUCGACUUCCUGGCCAGCCUCCCAAGUAUGCAGGGGCAAUGGAUGCAGUCCGGCAAACUUUAGCUGCUGAAGGUCCAAGGGGUUUGUACAAAGGUAUGGGGGCACCGCUUGCAACUGUGGCAGCAUUCAAUGCAGUCCUUUUCACAGUUCGAGGGCAAAUGGAAGCAUUAUUGAGGGCUGAACCUGGUGCAUCCUUGACAGUUAACCAGCAAAUCAUUUGUGGGGCUGGGGCUGGAGUUGCUGUUUCCUUUUUAGCUUGCCCCACCGAAUUGAUCAAAUGCAGGUUACAAGCCCAAAGCGCAUUAGCAAGCACUGGCUCAGCAGCUGUGGCAGUAAAAUAUGGGGGGCCCAUGGAUGUUGCCAGGCAUGUUCUCAAAUCAGAAGGUGGUGUGGUGGGUCUCUUCAAGGGCUUGGUUCCCACUUUGGCUCGUGAGGUACCCGGAAAUGCUAUUAUGUUUGGUGUGUAUGAAGGAUUUAAGCAGUUUCUCGCAGGAGGUUCGGACACUUCUCAGUUGGGAAGAGGCUCUUUGAUGGUGGCUGGAGGCCUGGCUGGGGGUUCUUUCUGGUUAACAGUCUACCCUACCGAUGUUAUCAAGAGUGUAAUCCAGGUCGAUGACUUUAAAAAUCCUAAAUACUCUGGUUCAAUUGAUGCCUUCAGAAAGAUCCUGGCAGCAGAGGGCAUUAAGGGAUUAUACAAAGGAUUUGGUCCUGCAAUGGCCCGAAGUGUACCUGCUAAUGCAGCUUGCUUCUUGGCAUAUGAGUUGACAAGAUCUAGUUUGGGAUAGAUGAUGGCCAAGGAUGCGGUGAAGAUUGAGCGAAGCUUUGUGGAGGAAAUAGCUUCACAAUUUGAUCGAAAAGGCUAUAAAUUCUUAAAGAUUUUAAUGUAAUUUUUCAUUUCAUUCUUCAAGUUUUUAGCUAUUCAUAAUUAGGGUGCUGGAAUGAACUUUCAUUUCACCAAUCAUCUCGAUUACAUGAACAAAUUGCAGAAUUAUUUCAUCUCAAUUUGCUUAGCAGAUGGCUCUUUCAGUGGAAUAUAUGAAUUUCACUAGUGUAGUAAAUCAGAACAAUGCAAGGAUUAAGCCA